GAUUUUGUAAAUUCCGUCUUGAAACCAUACUCUUAACUCGGUUGGCAAGUGGCAACCGCAUGGGAUAAAGUGACAAUUUUUAUUAAUGGUCUUUAUAUUCAAAUUCAGAGACAAAUAUACCAUUUUAUAAAAUUUAUGCACCAGUAUUAAUUUGUUUCCAUAAAAAAAAAUUGUUCUGAUUUGUGCGUGUGUCUAAUUACCGUUUUAAAGCUGCAAAGGCAAAGUCGAUGUCCAGCAACCAACAUCUAGAGAUGGGGGCCCACGAAGAAACCUUAGUGGAAGCAGCACUCCGAGUCCUAAACACCGCCGACCCGUUCGACAAGGCUCGACUCGGCGACUCGGUGGCUUCACGGUGGCUCGACGGUGCCAUCACCGAACCCUACAACCCUUCUCUCGACCUUCACAUCCCUGAUCGUCCAGCAAGGCUAUCCACUGUGAAGCUGGUGGCUCCGAGUCUCAUGCCGAAGCUAGGUAAAGCAGGAAGCUUGCAGAGUAGGAUAGCCAUUGUGCAUAGUCUUGCUCACACUGAAAGCUGGGCCAUUGACCUAUCUUGGGAUAUAAUAGCUCGUUUUGGUAAGCAAGAGGCAAUGUCUAGAGAAUUCUUUACAGAUUUCGUGAAGGUGGCACAGGAUGAAGGGAGACACUUCACUCUUCUUGCUGCACGACUUGAGGAGCUAGGUUCUUAUUAUGGAGCAUUACCGGCUCAUGAUGGCCUCUGGGAUUCUGCCACUGCCACUUCCAAGGAUUUGUUAUCACGAUUAGCAAUUGAACAUUGUGUCCACGAGGCCAGGGGACUUGAUGUGCUGCCUACAACAAUCUCACGUUUCCGCAAUGGUGGCGAUAACACUACAGCAGAUUUACUAGAAAGUGUAGUUUACCCAGAAGAAAUUACACAUUGUGCGGCUGGAGUGAAAUGGUUCAAGUAUCUAUGCCAGAGGUCUAGAAAUCCAGCCUCGGAGCAAGAAAUUUGUGCAGUAGAAAAUGGAACAACAAUAGAGGGGGAUGAAGUGAUUCCAAAGUUUCAUGCAAUAGUGAGGACAUAUUUCAGAGGACCUUUAAAACCACCUUUUAAUGAGGCAGCCAGAAAAGCUGCUGGAUUUGGUCCUGAGUGGUAUGAACCGCUUGCUGUUAAAGUGGACAAUGCACAAUAAAAUGUUAUUAAUGUCUACUAUGUAUGAAUAAUAUUUAUCAAUUUUAUAAAUAUAUUUUAAUUUUAGUA